AUGGCAACUGAUGAGGAAGAAAACAAAAACCCCAACCCUAGUCUUCCUGAAGACCUAAUACACGACAUACUCUCCAGACUUUCGGUGCAGACUCUUUUACAAUUCAGGUCAGUUUGCAAAUCCUGGUUAUCCUUAAUUUCUAGUUCAAGUUUUAUCAGAACUCAUCUCUUGAAAUCAACUAAUGACCCUCUCUACACUCACCACGGUCUUGUUUUGUGUGAAUGGAAUUGGUGCAAUUGUUUCGGCAUCUACAUGGAUCCCCGGACAUGUUCUCUCAAUACUUUUUUUAAUCGGCCCUUUACUUAUAAGUCCUGGCGUAUAGUUGAAGAUAAUAAGUUAAUAGAUAAGUUUAGUAUUUACAAUCAAGGUGUUAUUCAGGUGAGGAAUGUGGUGGGUUAUUGUAAUGGAUUGGUUUGUUUAGCAUGUAAUAUGAAAGUAUACGAUAUAUAUUUUUGGAAUCCAGCCACUAGAAAAGUAAGAAAACUGCCGAAUCUUGAGCCGAGGAAAUUCGAAAAGGAGGAUAUACAGUGGUGUCGCUGUGGGUUUUGCUAUGAUGAAUUGAAUGAUACUUUUAAAGUAUAUUCUGUUUGUAGAAGUUAUGAUUUUGAAUAUGAAGUGUCGGUUUAUAGCUCAAAAUCGGAUUGUUGGAGAGUCAUGGGAGAUUUUCCUUGUUCGAACGAUAAGGCGUAUUAUGUGUCGAAAUCUCCUGCAAUAUUUGCAAAUGGACUUUUACAUUGGGUAAUUGUUGGUGAGUCGUAUGAAGACGAGCGUAUUAUUUCUCUUGAUAUAAAGACAGAGACGUAUCGGGAGAUUUUGCUGCCAAAAUUUAGAGAAGAAGAAGGUGAAUACAUCAUCAAGUUUGGAAAUUUCAGCAAUAGUCUUUCUCUGAUUUGUGACUUUGACGACUAUGCUGAUUUGUGGAUAUUGAAAGGAUGUGGCGGAGAAGAGUUUUGGACAAAAUUGCUCACCAUCUCGUAUAUGGAUACACUAGAAUAUUACUGGCGUCUAAAACCGAUCUGCUUUUCAGUGAAUGGAGAGAUUCUGCUGCUACACAACAAUAAAACCAUACUACUAUACAACACCAAGGAUAAAACAUUCGAUGAGCUGUUAGAUUUGGAUUUUGUUGGACUCCCACGGUGGCCUGAAGCCGAUGUUUAUACUUACGUUGAGAGCCUAGUUUCACCGUGA